AUGAGAGGAUACUUACUUGGAGUACUUGUACUUCUGAAGUACUGCAUUUGCAGUGAUGUGGUUGAUUUUGAUGAAGAAAUCGAGAACUUUGUAGUUGGUAACGGUAAGCUGUUUGUUGUGACUGAGCAUCGACUGCAUCAGAUGAGACACGAUCUUUCUGAAGAGAAGAAGAUGGACAUUAAUAAUAACACUCAUCUAAACAGAGUCAACAUUCUGGUGCCUUUUGAAGACAACGGCACCUUGAUAACAUGCGGGACUUUUAAUAAUGGAUAUUGUGAAAUUCUUGAUAUAAAUGACAUUACAAAUAGUAUUUACUAUGAAGAUAAUAUAUUGCUAGGACAAGAGACACAAGAGAAUGAGAAAACUGUUGCUGUUAUAGCAGGUUCAAGCGGCAGUAGAUACCUUUUGGUUGGGAAAAAGAGUGAAAAAUCAUCACAAAAUCAUUAUUCCAUUGCUACACUGUGGAACACUUUACAGUCUCAGGCUUUUGGGAUUUUUUCUAUCAUAGGGGAAGGAGCACAACCUUCUAUCCAGACCAGUGCGAGAGAUGUGGCGUUUGUUGAUGGAUUCCAGAGAGAUUCGUCCUCAGAUUUGUACUUAUUUGUCAACACAAAGACUGACUCUGAGAGGAAAGUUCAUGUCCUGUGGAUGGACAGCUCUAAAAGAAAAAAGAGUGAAAUCUUCAAAUCUCUUCAGUCUGCAGUGAUAAAGUGCUGCAGUGAUAAAGCUCGUCCAGUGCUGGUCUCCUCUGCUGUUAUUCCCUCAGAGAAGGCUGUUAUUUGGGCAGGAGUGUUCAGUGCACAGGAUCAGGAGGACCCAGAGAACACCGUGGUGGCUCUGUAUAAUAUCAGCCGCAUUCAAGGCAGAGUCAAAGAGUUCUGUGCUCAGGGAGGAAAGACGUGUGGUUCUGAGAGUGGUAAUGCACUUCAGCCGCUCUCUGUGGUGUUCAAGUCCAGCUCAAUGUCAUCAGUAGCAGCAGUUAGAAGUGGAUCCUGGAUUGUGCUGUUCAUGGGAACCAGUGAUGGUCAACUGUUAAAGCUGGUUUUGGAUGAGAAUUACACACCAGGCUGCCCAACAGUGCUGUAUAAAUCUGAUGAUGAACGAGCAGUGUUUCCCAGAAUGCACUUUGAUCCGGUAGAUUUAAAACACAUCUACAUCGCUCUGAGGAAACAGAUAAGAAGAGUGUCUGUGGUUCGCUGUGCUAAAUACAGCACUCUGAAGGACUGCAGAUCUGCUCUUGAUCCUCUCUGCGGCUGGUGCGUGAAAACACAGAGAUGUUCCACUCAUGAUGAAUGCUCAAAUUCUUCAUGGGUGUCCAUUCCAAAAAACUCUCUUCAGACAGAACUGCUUUCGUUCCAUAUGGCACAGAAAUCUUCUACAGAGAUUACUCUAUAUCUUGCUUUGAGUCUGGAGAGCACAGGAAAUCCUGCCUUCUCAUGUGUCUUCAGCAGUGGAAGAGUGAACAUUUGUAACGGAUCGGAUUUGACUGCAGUUUUCCCAAAAUGCUCCUGUAAUUUUUCUGAUCAGCUACUAAAUACUGGAGUGUCUGCUACUGUUACUAUUGAGGAUCUGAAGAUCACAAAGAUGCUGAUGUUGACAAACUGCUCCAGUAUCACCGAUAAUUCACCAAAUGUUUCUUAUACACUGUGUGCACAGUGUAUCUCAUCUGGGUGUCACUGGUCUUCUUUAUCCCAGCGUUGUGAUUGGACUCAUGGAAGUGGAUCACAGUCAAACCUUCAGGAUGCAUGUAAGGGUCUACUCUCUGAGUACAAAGAGCCAGAGAUUCUCGUUUUAGAGCCCCACAAAGUUUCUUUUCAUGGCAGAAACAAUGUUUUACUAAGAGGAAGAAACCUGAACUCUGUCACCAAAAUACGUAUCCAGGGGGAUCUGGACUGUAUUGUUAAAGAAUCUCCAGUGUUUGACAGCACCAAUGAAACUUUAAGGUUUCACAUUCCUCCCAGUGAAAUUAAAGGAACGGUGAAAAUGUGUGCUAUUACCCCUGACGACCGUUGUCAUGGUAACAGCAUCAUCACUUACAGUUCCCAGCCCAGAUGCACAGGAGUACAGCCUAGAAACAGCUGGAAAAGUGGCGGAAGAAAGAUUCAUGUUCAGGGGACCAAUAUGGAAUAUGUGGAGUCAGUUAUUGUCCACCCUUCUAAUAGAGUGCUGGAAAGCCAGUAUGACACAAGCUCAGGGAGCAUGUGGUUUUACUCUCCCCGUUAUGAAGGCAGUGAUCAGUUUAGUUUGACAAUGAAUGUUGGAAACUCCACUGUAGCCUGUGUGCAUGAUUUUCCCUACAAGCCUGAUCCAGUAUUCACUGGAUUCACUGCAUUACAGGUGGCUCAUGAUCUACAGGUGAACAUACAGAAAAAGGCAGAUAUGUUGAAUUUGAGCAUGAGGGAGGUCAAUGUAAUGGGAGAUCAGAUUUAUCAGUGUGUUUUGGAGAGGAUUGAGUUCAAUGCCAUCAUCUGUAUUAUUAAAGGACAGUCAGGAGUCGACUCCAUCACUAUUACGAUCGGGAGUUAUGCUGUCACGAUGGGAAGUGCGAAAUUCUGCCUUAAUCCACAUAAUACAAUCAGCUAAGUAUGAAGAAGCA